UUGUACAGUUUUAUUUGUUUUUGCCAUGCUUUGAAAACAUAGAUUAAUGUGUAGCAAUGAUGAUGAAGAUGCCAUGAUAUCAGGAAAUUCUACAUGAUAGACAAAAUGCUUGAUUCAGCUUGCCUUCAUCGGCGAACCAGAUGUUGUAAAGCUUCUUGAGCUCCGGCUCCAUUAUCGGAAAUCACACAAAACACCAAAAAAAAAAAUGGACGCUCAAUACAACUCGAUUGUCUCGUCCGGUAGCAAAUCUUCCCUCAACUGAAUUUUAGACUUUGUAACUGCGGCUCGUUGGACAGCGGAUUGUCUUUUAUCGAUUGGCAACAACUCGAGUUCCUCUUCAAAGAUGUGUCACUAGCCGCGCUUCACUGCAACCCUGGACUCCUGAAUAAUGCAACUUAUGGAAUGUACUGCGUAAGUCGCACAAACGAUAUCUGAGCACUCAAACAAUCUAUAGUAAAAAUAGCCUCGGAAUCAUCGAACUGCAGUGCUUUUAAAGUCUAGCCACGAGGAACGAAGGAAAACCCGUUGAAAUCCUGGCAGUUUGUGAAAUCCCAGCGGUCUAGUAUCCGUAUCAGUGCGGUCACUGCUAGCAAUCAUCUCGAAGUUGCUUACGCUAGGAUUUCCAGAUUCUUGACGUAGGACUACGUUUUUAUCUCUGUAUCGGGGUGUAGGUUCAAAAUUUAGAAAUCGAGAGCGUUACACUUGGAGUGCAAGGUUUUGAACGUUAAUACCUCUUUGUCGACUGAACGGAUUGGUAUGAUAAUCAAUUCAUUUGUAAGAUAAAAUGUCCAAGAUUUAUACGCUUGUUAAUUGUUAUAAUGGCAUGCAUUUUUGCAGACCGGAAUGUGUUUCCUCAACUAAACCCAGGAGUCUGGGGAAAACGACAUUGCAAAUUUAUUUUCUAUCACUAUAGAGGGAAAUGUAAAAUAUUGAUCGUUUGACAAUAUUUCCGUUCACAAUUUUGAAAGUCCACGAUAAAUGAAUGAAAUGAACAAGACAUCAUGCCAUACGUCAGACCUGCAACGAUGAACGUAGUCUGAAACAAUGCGUUAACCUGACCUAAGCUGAAAUUUGUUUGCAAUUGAAUUCGAUUUGAUUUGAAUUCGUUUGAUAUAUUGUUUAAUCAAUACAUUCAAAUGAUUACUAAGCCAACGGUAGUUCUACGUCAACCUUGCGGUUACAUCAUAGGUAUGAUCUACCCAUGACCUAACAAUGAUGUAUCAAAAGGUCCUGGAGUAGCAAUCAAUCAAUCGAAACCGUGUCGAAGAAAAAGGGUGUGAAUUGUGUGAAAUCUUGAUCUACAUCCACAUCCACAUUGAUGAUUUCAAAAGAUAUGGCCUAAUUUGUCGUAAGUGUGCAUGUGUUUGUCUCCACUCGUUUUCCCAAACACACCAGAUGCGUUGUUUAAUGAAAUGUACAGCAUCUUGUGCGGGAAUUGCCAUGAUUUGUGGAGUUUCGUUCCGUCCUUGGUUCGCUAAUCUAUCAUCUUCCUCAUUCCCCGAAAUUCCCGCAUGACCAGGAAUCUAACAGAACAUAACAUUUCUACCUCCCACUUCACGUCCAUUCGCUUGAAUCCAGGGAUGAGUUGAUUUCCCUUUUUGAAGAGCAUCCAAACAGCUGGCCGACAAUUUGGUUUGCAGUGCCGGCUUUGAUUUUUUCCUUUAAAUCGCUACAUAUAGUUGGUGAUGGGGAAUCCACUCCCUGUCGUUUAAUCUCAAUAUGUUACAAACGUUUGGCAAAGAUUGUCCUGUUCGGGCUGAGAAAAAAUCAGCUGCUCGUUUCAUUACCGGUAGGACAGUUGCUGAUCUGUUUUUUUCCGCGAGUCGCACUGUGAGUUGUGAUAAGCGCUGUAUCAGUACAAGACGAAAUGGUAGACAACCUGCUUCAGUCAUAAUGGAGUGGAUGGGGCUGGUUUUGAACGCACCUGAGGCUUGUCUUAUUACUUCAUUGUACGUUGUUGAAAGGAUGCGUUCCAAUGCAUCUAAUUUGAUACUAGUGAAGACUAAUCCGUACAAUAGUUUAUAUGUUACAAGAGCUGACCCUAUGUUUAGAAGGGUUGAGCGACUGCUUCUGACUAAACGGCGUCCCAGUAUUCGGAGUAUGUUCAAUCUACGAUCGCAACUGUGUUUGGUCUCUUUGAAGUGUUGAAGAAGAUUUUUGCGUCUAGUAGUAUCCCAAGAAUUCGUAACUUUCUCACAUAUGGAGUCGGAGUACCAUUUACUUUGAUGGUCCGACCUCGCUUCCUAUGUUUCAUAUCACAAAUGUGCAAUAAUUUUGAUUUUGCUGCAGCAAUGGAAAAUCCAACACUAGUUGUCCAGUUGAUAACUUUAAUAACUGCAUAACUGCCCUUGGCAAUUAGAAUUACAUCAUCAGCAUAAACUAUGAUUUGAACAUUUGUUGGGAAAUUUUCAAAAAUAGGUUGCAUUGCAACUAAAAACAGUUUUACCGACAGCAUAGAACCUUAUGGCACGCCAUUUUCUGCGACACGAAUGCUAGAUAUAGCUCCAUUAGCUGCAACUCGAAAUGUUCUGUUGUUGAGGAAACUGAUUAUGAUGUUCAGCAAAUGUCCGGAUAUUUUCCAUGAUGAUUGCCGUCCUCCAAAUGGUAUCGUAAGCUUUGGAGAUGUUGAGUGAUACUACUUCUACAUGCUGGCGCUCGCCGUGGUUUAGUAGUGUUUCCAACUGUGCCAGGUAAGUGUUGGCACCUUUACCCGCGCGGAAGGCAUGCUGACGAGGAUCGAGUUUAUCAAUGAUGUUAAGUUCAGUGACGAGCCGACGGUUCACCAUACGUUCAAUUUUUUUCCCUAAGCAGCUGUGCAGGGUAAUUGGCCUAUAGCCGUCUGCUUUACUCCGAUCUCCAUCUGGCUUUGGAAUCGGAAUGACUACUCCUUCUUUCCAUUUGUUCGGGAAUAUUCCGCUUAUCCAUACUUGGUUGUAUAGCUUGAGCAGUGAGAGCUUCGCUGAGAGCGACAGUCUUCUUAAAAGUGGAUAGCCGAUGUCAUCAUUCCCUGUAGAUGAACCACCUUUUCGAUCCAGGGCCCAUAUCAGCUCAUCCAUCGAGGAAAUUUCGUUAUACCGUUUAUGAUCCUUUGAACGUAAUGUUUUCGAUAUUGCAUGUUUUUCCUUCAGGUUUAUUCUCCGGAACUUUUCUGUGUGCUAUUAUCCGAUGUUUUAUUUUGGUACUCGUCUGCAAACAUGUUCGCUACUCUUUGUCCGUCGUUCGUAAAUCCAUUUGAGAGUUUCAAUGUUAUCGUAUUGUUUUUUCUUUUCCCUCGCAGUUGGUUGACUCUUGUCCACAUUUGACUACUCGGAGUUUGAGGGUUUAUGAUCUGCACGAAAUUUUCCUUUUCAAUUUUGCUUCGCAAAUAAUUUUACGGCUUACUGAACGGGCAGCUUGGAAUGCUCGAAGUGCUUCAGCUUUUUCGUCACUAAUUCUCCGAAGUGCGCGUAGUUUCUUUCUGCGGUCUUUCACAGCUUUUUCUACAUCAGGAUUCCACCAAGGAACUGUCUUAACUCCCUGUUUUCCGCUGGUUCUGGGUACAGUUGCUUCGGCGUGAAAUGGUUCUUGAUUCACUUCAUUCAUUCUUCAAUCUUCAAAAUCAUAUCAGGAGUACCACAAGGAAGCGUACUUGGCCCACUGCUGUUUGUUCUUUUAGUCAAAUUAGAGCAGUGAUUUUCAACCGGUGGGGAAUUCCUCCUAGUGGGGAAUUUGGUCAUUAAAAGGGGGGAAUUCUGCAAGGGACUAUUGCACAUUUACUUCGAUUUGAGUUUGACAAUGAUUAACAAAAAAUGCAACAAAAACUUUAUUGAAUACGCUAAAAUUUGCGAUCCUCGGCAAACAUUUCCAAAUCUGGAAUGUAAUGUUCGAUUGAACAACUUCACAAUGUUUGAAAGACUUUCGUCAGAGAAUGAUUGUGGAACAGACGACGAAACAGUACAGAAGACCAUUUAAAAGGAAAUUGUACAGCAUUUGUCAAUAUGUUUUUACAACAAGUUAAACUUGAAACAUAUUUUCCUUAUAUCAAAGAACAAGAUUUGGACAUGGUUUGAAGUCCCUUUCGACUGGCAGUAACGAGAGUUUCAGAUCAAUUUCAGGACAAACUCAUCGAUCUGCAAAUGAUCGAUUUAUUUAAGCGUUACGAGUGUUGUUGUCUUGUGUGUAGAACUUAUGUGAAUCUGGAUUUCCUACAAUGCUGCUGAUGGAAAGAAAACACCGUAACAGAGUGGAUAUCGAAGAUGGCAUGAGGUGUGCUUUUCGACAAUGUGCUCAAGAAUUACGAUUUUGGCGGAAAUCAUUCAGAUGCAGACUUUCUCACAAAAUACUGAUAGGGGGAAGCACUGGAAGCACUGGAAGCACUUAAUUUUCGUAUUGGGGGGAAUGGAGCGGAAAAGGUUGAAAACCACUGAAUUAGAGUAACUGCACUCGAUGGCCUUGUCUUACAGAAUGACAUCGAUGAACUGCUAUUACGAUGCACUGAAAACGACAUGAGCGUCAACACCACCAUCGGCCAUCAGUAAGCAGUUGGAUCCGCUCCACUAACGCGAGAUACUUCGAUUUGCGAUCAUGGUGUCAUGAUUGACUCCAAGUUGGGGUUUAACGAACACGCCUCGCUAGUCACGGCUAAAGCCUUCAAUAUUUUAAGAUUCGUUUGAUGCUUCACUUGUCAAUUUACUGGCAUCUGCUUGAGCUUGGGUAGACUGCACAAUUCGUAGUUGCUCUCCGUGAUUGACCUGAACCAACCAAAUUGCACAAAGAACACACAAAAUGACACUUGAUACUAGCAAAUCAUUCUCGUUGUGCAAUUUUCGGUGAUUCGAGCUUUAAAUGGUCAAUAACGACGCCGGCCACGUCCUUACAGUCCUUACACGUCCUUACAGUCAUAUAUAUAUAUAUAUAUAUAUAUAUAACCGAGAUAAUUUCUGUCGAACUCCAUUCGCAUGAUAAACAGAAUAAAGAAAAGUAAAUUAAAGUAUCAAAGGAUUGACCCUUUGCGAUUCGCGAUCUACGAUUUAUAACUCACGUUUUAUGAUUUACGACUUGGAAAAAACAAUCAACGAUUCAUUAUGUAUGAAUUCCCGCACAACUCCCGAUAAGGAUCCAUCCGCAACGAUCGACUCUUGAUCAGAAUCUAAAUAAAAUAAAAGUUAAAAAUAAUUGUCACACUCUCACAUAACACUCACGCGACGGUAUGACAAAAUCGUCGUCCGUGGUCACUGACCACUGUCCGAGAACAAUUCCCCAAAAAUGCUUUGCCGAAAAACAAUAGGCACAAGAAACUAUAAAUUACGCAUGUAAUCCACAUGCACUCUCUCUUUCGCCAAUAAAUCAUCAUACGAUAUACAAGUGUUUAAUUCAUUCGGUGUGAUCUCACAAAGUAUUUUUCUAUUCGUUUCGUCGUCCCAGUCGGCUGUUAAGCUCACGCGUUUCAUCCGGUGACAAAGAUCCGUUUCCGCUCAAGUGACGCGCGUACAAUUGUACAUUUCGGUGCGUUUCUGGUGCUGCAUAUUGCAGUGAAGAAAGUCCUUCGAAACCGGACUACAGUGUUCGCUUUAAUUUCGUACAUUUGGUCCUUCGAACCGGAUCGAAGGUGUUCCGGCCAGAAAGUGCAUCGCGUGUGUCGUUCGAAUAAAACUGAUAUCGGUUCGUUAUUGAAACGCGUUAGUGGUUGGAAGUGAUACCAAGACGGACAAACAUUGCGCCAUUGCGUCGUGAAUACACGUCGGUAAUUCUGCUUUCGCAAGCAGUCGAAAUUGUGGUCGAAGCUAUAAGUUCGUUCGUGUGUGAAUUCAACUAUCAAAAAUUGAUAAAGCCAGAAUUGGCAGUGAGUGCAAUCGAAAAAUCGCGUAUUGCGCUUGGGAUAGCAUCAAGGCGGAUGCUACUCUAUUCAUUGUGGUGAAGAUUCUGAGGACGAGUCGUCCAUUUUGCGAACACGACUAUUCAUGGACGCCACGCCAUUUUGGACGCUGAAUUCACAUCGGAAAAUUCCUGCCUAAUGAAGUGGUGGAAGGAGCACCAUUCUUAAAAAUCACAUUUCCCGGUCGAGUUUCCCGGUGAGUACGUUCCAUAUUAUUCGCAUGUGAUUUGCAGUAGCUUCAAUUAAGUUUUAUACAUACAAUUCAAAGUUGGGUGACUGAUUAUUAGAGUCAUUGUGGCAAUUGGUGAUUGACGGUACGCGAAUCGAGUGGAAAACCGUUUCGCGCCCUCGAUUUGCGAUACCGCGUAGAAGUGGGUACGUUCGCGACGGGAAGGAGAUUCACGAUUCGAUUAAAUAAACUGCUCACUUCCGUUCGAUUUCGCGAUCGCGAUAGAUCAAUACACCGCGACGGGAAGGAGCAAUCGAUUCGAUUUGUGUAUUGUUCUCGUUUGGUUCGGUUUCGCCUGAGAUCAGCUAGUUUUUGUCGAAUAGAAUUUCAUUGAUUGGAUCACAAUGCCACCGAAAGAGGAGAAAAUGCUGGCUGAGCGUUUGGUUCAACAGCAAGGACUUUUUGCAACACGUAACGCAAUCGAAAAAUUUAUUGAGAAUUACGACGCAGAGCGUGAUACUCAUCAAAUCUCGGUACGAUUAGAGUCUUUGGAUCGGGUCAACGCUAGUUUUCUCGAAGUUCAGGAUGCCAUUGAGAGACUAGACAAAUCGGAGAUGCUGGAAGCGCAUUUGGAAGAACGUGUCGAUUUUGAACAACGGUUUUGUGAAGCGAAGGGUUUCCUCCUGUCCAGACGUUCGAACGAUGCAAAUCAAACUUUGUUAAAUACAUCGAUUACUGCGAAUUCAUCAUCGUACCCUACCAAUUUUCACCUUCGUCUUCCGAAAAUCGACCUCCCCAAAUUCAAUGGUGAUUUUUCACGUUGGUUGUCGUUUAGGGACACAUUCACGUCCAUGGUCCACUCGAAUGGGGACAUUCCCACCGUCGCCAAAUUGCAAUACUUGUUGCAGUCACUUGAAGGAGAAGCAAAGAAGCCGUUUGAAUCCAUCGAUAUUGAAGCAGAUAAUUACGCUGUCAGCUGGGAGGUCCUGCUUAAGAGGUACGAUAACCGUCGUUUUCUAAAAAGACAACUUUUUCGAGCUCUUUACGACUUGCCAGUAGUGAAAGAAGAAGUAGGCAAACGUAUUCACGGGCUGAUCGACGACUUUCAGCGUCAUGUACGAGCUCUCGCAAAAUUAGACGAGCAUGUACACCAUUGGGACACACCGCUUAUUAACCUACUUUCAUAUAAAUUAGAUCAAUCUACUUUGAGGGCUUGGGAGGAAAAAACAAGCAAUAAAGAUGAUGUCAAAUACGAUGAAUUUGUUGAAUUCCUUUACCAAAGAGUUCGUAUUUUGAAUACCGUCGGUUCAGAUCACCAUCAACCCUCACUAUCAAAGACGACAACUACACACCAAAUUCCAAGAGUGAAAUUUUCCGCAAACGCAGUGAAUAGUUCUCAAGUUCAGUGCAUACUAUCCUGCUCAGACAGCCAUAACCUUCGAAAUUGUCCUGUGUUUCUUACGAAAAAUGUCCGUCAACGUCGCGAAUUAGUUUCGCAGAAACGAAUGUGUUGGAAUUGUUUAAGCUCCGGUCAUCAUGUGAAGAAGUGCAAUUCUAAAUUCUCCUGUCGUACUUGUCAUGACAGGCAUCAUACGUUGCUGCACGAUUCAGCCAAAGUGUCGCAAAACUCUUCCGUAUCAUCGUCUUCUCCCGUUCAACAAUCGCUUCCAUCCACGUCAGGUCGCGUGGAUCCCUCCAGUAGUUCUUCGGCUACAUCUCAGGUUAGCAUGACGGUCCAAUCCGCAUGCCCCACGGUUUUGCUGGAAACGGUUGUCCUCAAUGUUGUUGAUGAUCACGGAAACACACAUAAGGCACGGGCACUACUCGAUUCAGCAUCAAUGUCGAAUUUUAUGUCGCAACAGCUGGCUAAGAGCCUCUUCAAUCGUCGCAUCAAGGUAGACGUUUCCAUCGCAGGAAUCGGUUUAUCAACACAGAAGAUUAGGAGCGCGAUUACCGCCACUAUCGAAUCACCAUUUCAACCAUUCUCCACGAAGAUGGAAUUUCUAGUUUUGAAGCAUCCAUCGGCAGAGCUGCCGACUGUUCCUAUCAAUACGUCGGAAUGGAACAUCCCUAAUGUUGUAUUGGCUGAUCCUCAGUUCAAUGUCCCUGGGAAAAUUGACCUCGUCAUAGGGAGUGAAUCAUUCUGGGAACUGCAUACAGGACAAAGAAUUUCACUUGGGAAUAAUCGUCCAUGGCUUGCUGAAACGCCAUUCGGAUGGGCGGUGUCUGGUUCUACGACCAAUUCCAUUUCUCAAACGCCAAACGUUUGUUUCCUUUCCACCGCAAAUGAUUGUCUGGAAACAGUACUUCAGAAGUUUUGGGAGAUAGAAACUGUUCCAACUUGUUCUUCGUUCUCCGACGAAGAAAAUUAUUGUGAAGAAUUAUAUAAAACAACAACUAUUCGUGAUCCAUCAGGGCGAUACGUCGUUCGUCUACCCAGAACAGAAAAACCGGAAGUUAUACUGGGAGAUUCGAGAUCUGUCGCCGAACGCAGACUCUUUAGUUUAGAGCGACGAUUGCAGCGAGAUCCAGUCACGAGGAAAGCGUAUCAUCGCUUCAUGGAUGAAUAUGUGCAACUUGGACACAUGGAGCAGAUUAAAGGACCUGUGAAUGAUACAAUACCUCAUUUUUACCUACCACAUCACUCAGUAUUCAAAGAGACAAGCACCACAACGAAAACCAGGGUUGUGUUUGAUGCAUCGUGCAAGUCAGCUUCUGGUUAUUCGCUAAACGACACAUUACUGGUUGGUCCUGUCGUCCAACGUGACUUACUUUCCAUCGUCAUGAAGUUCCGAAUACAUCAUGUUGUAAUUGUUGCCGACAUUGAAAAAAUGUACCGGCAGGUACUGGUUCACCCCGAUGAUCAGUCAUUUCAACGCAUUCUGUGGCGAUCGAGUCCAGACCAUCCCAUUUCUACAUAUCAAUUGAAGACGGUUACCUACGGUACAUCGUCUGCUCCUUACUUUGCGACGAAAACACUCCAGCAACUUGCAAAUGAUUAUGGUGGAUCAGAUUUCCACGCAGUGAGAUCACUUCGGGAAGAUUUUUAUGUCGAUGAUCUGCUCACUGGUGCAGCAGACGUAGAAUCAGCAAUCAAACUUCGUCGGGAAUUAUCCGCAAUGCUCAGCUCCGCUGGGUUUCCUCUGAAAAAGUGGGCAUCUAAUGCAACUGAAGUUCUUGAGGAUGUGCCGCCAGAGGAUUUGGCCAUUCUUCCGUACCGUAGCCUCCAGGACGAGCAAGCUGUCUCCACUCUUAUUCUUGUCUGGGAACCAAAGUCCGACACACUCCGGUUCAAUGUUCAUUUGCCGCUUCCCGCUGCCGUUCUGACAAAACGAAAGGUGAUGUCAUACAUCGCACGGAUCUUCGAUCCGCUCGGACUAGUCGGUCCUACGAUUUCUAAGGCCAAACUGUUCAUGCAGCGUUUGUGGGCUCUGAAGCACAACGGCCAAAGCUGGGACUGGGACACUCCCCUCCCAUUGAAACUGCAAGAAGAAUGGAAACAGUUCCAUUCUACACUCAAUCUCCUUAGUGAAGCUCGUAUCCCGCGAUUUGUAUCGAUGCCUGACUCCGUCAGCAUUCAGCUUCAUUUCUUCUCUGAUGCGUCGGAAAACGCAUAUGGUACCUGUUGUUACGUCAGGACUGAAACAUCCGAUAAAAUCUCGGUCCAAUUAUUGACUUCCAAGUCAAAGGUCGCCCCAUUGUCAACCCGACAUUCCAUUGCUAGACUAGAGCUAUGCGGAGCACAUCUAUCUAUGCUGCUCUUCAAGAAGGUUAACAACGCCCUUCAAACUCCUUCGACUGUUCACUUUUGGACGGAUUCUACCACGGUCCUUCAAUGGUUACACGCUUCGCCAAGCCGCUGGAAAACAUUUGUGUCGAAUCGAGUUUCACAAAUCCAACUCAACACCAAUGUUGACUGUUGGAAACAUGUUGCGGGUAUUGACAAUCCCGCUGAUGAUAUCUCCAGAGGACUACAGCCUGCAGAUAUUAUCACCCGCACUAGAUGGUGGAGAGGGCCACCAUGGUUAGCACUUCCUUCUGACUGCUGGCCCAUCACCUCAUUUUCCAAGGAAGAAACCGCUGGUGCAUUGUCGGAAAGCCGAAAAUCUCCAUUAAUUGCAAUGACGUCAGUACAGUCUACAUUUUGCAAUGAAUUAUUCAGUCGGUUCUCGAGUUUCACCAAGUUACGUCGUGUCACAGCUUUCUGUCAACGCUACAUAGAAAACCUACAUAGCCGUUAUUUAGCUCAACGUGAGAAUUCAGAAAAUUUAAAACCAUCGAACAUCGUCAUCAGCACUAGUAAUGCCUGAUCCGCUUAAUUCGUCGGAACUUCGUAGAGCAGAAAACUUCUUAUGUCGUUUGGCGCAAGCCGAAAUGUUUGCGGAGGAAAUUUCCAACCUUACAAGUGGGGAACGAGUCGCGAAAAAUUCGCCACUCAAAUGGUUGAACCCAUUCAUCGAUCGAGACAACAUCCUUCGUGUCGGUGGCCGGUUAAGCAACGCUCCACUGACAACCGAAACCAAACAUCCACUUCGCUUUAAUUUCGUACAACUCUCUUCCUCAACAUUCUCUUACAUUGAUAACUUAGCAAUAAAAGCACAGUCAGAUAUGGUCGACGAUCAAGAGUGUAGAAUAGAACUUCGUUUGUUAAACGAUGUGGCAAAAUAGGGCAAAAUCUGACUGCAAGACCGUGGUUAUUGGAAGAGAGUCAAUGAAGAGAACCAAUCAAAGCAGACAAAUCCUCCUCAAAUGCUACACGAUAAUUGAGUCAUAUGAUUGUCGAUUCUAAAUUUUAGAUAUUUAAUGUUAUGAUUGAUACUUAUCUUGUUUCGUGUGAUACACCCUGUGUUUCUCUUUCUCAUAUUUCCUCUCCGGAAGCUGCCAGUUCUUUCACUGGUAUUCUAUUUACUUCGUUCUAGCAUAUUGUAUCAUGCACUCAAGAUAUUCGUUACAUGAAAAAGAAGAUGAUAGCAGAGAAGAGAAGUGGAACUUAAGAGGAAAAAGUGGUAAUGAUUUGUGGUAAGAAAAAGUAAAAAGUUAAAAACCGUCAUUGCAUGAGAACUUUCAAAAGUAUACACUGCGUCAGAGCGAAUAUCUAUAUUCGAGAGGGCGUAUGGAAUUACACGCACACCUAUUUAAAUUGCGAUGAUUCAUAGUUCCGGGGCGCAGAAACAAAACCACGCGCAAACAGAAACGUAAAAUGGAAGAAAAAUUAACAUGAAAUGCUUUUUUCUUUCUUUCUUUCUUCUGUCACUGUUAAAUUGUCUCUAGAACCUGGCCUCCAGAAAAUAGCUGUAAAAAUCGGUGGAAGCACCGUACAAACGGAUGAUUUAACGGCGAAUAUUUUUCAUCUGAAAUGCUGCUGCUGCAAAUCACUCUGAGGGAAGUUCCUCCUGCAGACUGAAAACAACUGCCCCUCCACAGACAAUUACUGCUUCAAAGCCACUUUCAAAAAACAAAAACUGCACAUAACAGCAGUUGAAAAAGUAAAUAAUACCGAAACGCGUUCGAUCGUGUCGUAACGAAACAAGUUAUAAAGGGUGUGUCACAUCAAAUUGCAUCACGGAAAACACGCUGUAGAAAUUUAAUUUUUAGGAAUUAUAUCUUCAGCUUUCGCUUAUAAUCAGAUAAGAGUGUAUAGAUCAUGUUGGCCAUGUUUCACUGUCAAUUUUGAGUAAAUUUGGAAAAAUGUCGAACGAAAAAGAGCGUCGUGAAUUAAUCCUGUGCACUCAUUUCGAGAAUCCGGAGUUGUCACAUCGGGACAUCGGUAAGAUGCUGGGAAUCGUCCAAUCCACGGUCAGCAGAGUACUAAAACGAUAGUUCGAGAACCUAACCAUCGACCGGAAGGUGAAGAACGGCAAAAAUGGAUGCUCCGUCAGUGAAAAAGAUCACAAGCGCGUAGUUAAGCAGUUUGGACGUGAUCCGAGAAGUUCGGUCCGGGAUGUCGCCAAUAAGCUGAAUUUGUCAAGUUCAUUCGUCCAGCGGACCAAGCAGCAGGAGGGCCUGCGUACAUACAAGGUUCAGAAGGCUCCUAACCGCGACGAAAGGCAAAACAUGGUGGGGAAGACGCGAGCCCGGAAGCUGUACACCGAAAUGCUGACGAAGCCGCAUUGCCUGGUAAUGGACGACGAAACCUACGUCAAAGCGGACUUUCAUCAGCUGCCGGGCCUGUUGUUCUUCUCCGCAGAGGACGAAUUCAGCGUUCCGGAGGAUAUUCGCAAGCAGAAACUAUCCAAGUUUGACAAAAAGUACAUGGUGUGGCAAGCGAUCUGCAUUUGCGGAAAGCGGAGCGCCCCCUUCGUGAUGACCGGCACGGUAAACGGGCAGGUUUACCUUAAGGAGUGCCUAGAGAAGCGCUUACUACCACUAUUGAAGCAGCACGAGGGCCCGACCAUCUUCUGGCCGGAUCUCGCUUCGUGCCACUAUUCAAAGGACGUGUUGGAGUGGUACGAAGCCAACGGGGUCACCAAAGGAAAUGAACCCGCCCAACGCGCCGGAGCUUCGCCCAAUAGAGAAAUAUUGGGCGAUUAUGAAGCCGGCCCUCCGGAAGAACCCAAAAGUUGUCAAAUCGGAGGAGGAUUUCAAGAAAAAAUGGAUUUCUGUUAAAUAAAAACUACAACCUGACGUUGUACAGAACCUUAUGGACGGGGUAAAGAGGAAGGUGCGAGCAUACGGGCUUGGGCUCGAAGUAUGAAUAAAAAGAAAAUGCCAAAAGUUGUUUAAUAGUUUUUAUUUUACUGUCUAAAAUUUUCAAAAGGAUCGGUCUACUGGGCGAAUUUCUACAGCGUUUUUUCCGUGAUGCAAUUUGAUGUGACACACCCUUUACUACGAACGGAGCAAACGAGAAAGCGUGUCUUGUCAAUUUACUGGCGUCUGCGCACAAAAAGUAUUACUCGGUAGUCUGAUCAUAGAAUGUUGAAUUUGCGGCCCUUAUUUGGACCUCUUAUCAGGUUUCGAUUUUCAUCAGAAUAGUUCGGAUUCAGUUAGAAUUACGGAACCUACUAUCGAACGACUCGUCUUAUCUUCCUGAUUGCCCUGCUAGCUAUGUAUAUGUUAUUCCAAAUGAGAACAUUACAUGAUAGGCGAGAAGAAAUUCAGCAACUAAUCCUCUUCGUCAUACGGCGUGGUUCAUUGUUCUAAACUUUUGUAGGUUACUUUAAACCUUUCAAAACAGCCAUCCGUAUCUUCAAUGAUGUAGGAUAGAUAGGGGCAGUAUGGUCCCCCCAAGAACGAAACGUCCUGAAUCAUGCAUUCAUAAAUUAUGCUACAUGUCAAAACCUUACGAUUUGAAACCUUAUUAAUCGAUGUACAUUAGAGUGCCAAUGGAUGUAUAGGAAAAAAGUGACCCUCGAAUUUUCAAAGUUUGAGUUUUUUUUACCGAAAAAUCACCCAAAAAUCAAGGAAAUCGGGGCUUUAAAAAAAAAUUUUUUUGAUGCCAAAUGCCUUCAAAUUGAAUGAAACGUCGAUAUCUACUGUCAUCUCGAUUUUUUUUUUUCAAAAAUCUGCACUCUGGGACUUAUUCGUUUUUUCGGAAUACGAGGCAAAACUUAUGGUUUGAGGUGCCAAUGAAAAUCGUCAAAUCGAUUUUUCAUACGGGACUCCAGUUUUCCGAAAAACACUUACACAUGUCCACGCGAUGUGAAAAUUCCAUGUUUUUGUUUGAAUUCGAACACGAUUCUCGCUAGUGUUGAGUGUCUAUCCCCAACACGAACAAUGAUACACAAACAUAGACAUGUGAAAACAAACACGAUGUUUAUAAUUCAAGAACAUCAUGUACAAACAUAUCACCCGAUGUCGCAGUAUUCAUUGCUUUCGUUUCGUUUCUUUUCAUACACGGAAAGAAAUUAUUCAUCCCAAAACAUUUCUUCGUAGAAUACUUUUUCACAGAAACGAACAUGAAAUUUAGUUCGCAUUUCAAAAAUUGCACGAACUAAGAGGCUAUAAGUUCAUGCACCAAAAUAUAUAUUUUUAUUAAGGCUUAUAUGGCGUCAGCCUAACGGGGCCGGGAGUUCAAUAUUUUGACAAUGUUCGGACAAUGUUUGCUUACAACUAUGUUAGUAAUAUGUAACCGAUUACUCGCGGUUGGCUCGAGGUUAGUAUUACAAGUGUUCUCAUAAUUGGGAUGUUGCAGUCUUCAGUGCUCUGUACGUGUGCCCGACAUGGGAUUCCUUCCUAUUGGGAUGCAACUGACCGUUAAUCAGCAACGACCCCCUAGUCUGCACCCCAUAUCUAGCGUGGUGCGUCUUUUUCGACUCGAGGAAUCCAGGAUAGAAUGAUCACUAGCCGGCGCAAUCAUCAGCUCGUGUCGAGUUGUCAUGAGCGGUACAACCUUUGGCUCUUGUUGAAUCAUCAGUGGACUGCACAACCUUCGGCCCGUGUAUCUGUAAAGAGUGUGUGUAUGUAUUGCCGCGACUAAGUAAAAGUUUAUAGAUCGUUCAUGCACAUUUUGCAAGUCUGAUUAAAUAAUCCUUGGUUUCGUUCAAAGAAAACAUUCUCUGAAUAGAAAGAACCUUUUAUUUUUUUGCGUGCAAGUUGGCAAUUAAAGUCUGGGGAGCCGACUGCAUAGCGGGCAACGUCGUACAAAUGCUGACCAAAAAAAUAAAUACCCAAAAAUUAGUUUUAGAUGCAACCUUCAGCGGCACACAGCAGAACCAGCAGAGAAAUUUCAGCGGCUAAAACACACCAUUAAUUUCUCGAUGUUAUCACAAACUGAAUGAAUGAAAAAACUAAAAGCUACACUUACACUGCACUACAUAUGCUAUGUGUGCAUGCGAUUGCAUCAUCAUUUCUUCUCCUCUUCUCCGCUCGUUUUAUAGCUUGGGUCGCGAUCGUCGCGAACAAGCAGUAUUGGCCAUUUGUAUUCAAAGAUCCAGCCAAAAUUGUUGCUCCCGUGGUCGAGUGGUUAGCGUCACGCCUAACAUGUCACUGCUGAAUAAUUCAAUUUUAGUACUUGUUCAAAUAGCUAAUAAUAGCGAAUGUUACAUGAAUUUAAUAUAUAAAUUGAUGCGUGCACUAAAUAAUGAUAUCAAAUGUGAAAAACUCUCAUAUCAAUCGAUGUUUAUUUUGUUCAGAACAGAAAAAGAGGUUUAUUUUAUUUUCCCAAUAUUUUUGAUGAAGCACCCAUUGUCAUGAAAGAAAGCAUUUUCUCCAUGUCAACAUACCAACACACCACGCGUUGAGUGGUGGUGGUGUGGUGUCCGAUUCGCUUCUUCUACUUUACGCACUGCCGGUGCUUGGGGUGAAAAUGCAAGAGAAACUGUACACCAAGUUCGAACAUCAUGUAAAACAUUGGAAUUAAACAUCGUAUGUCCAAACAUACCACGAAUACAAACAUGUCACAUUUUCUAACAUAGGUACGAAAAAAUCAUGUUUGUACUCAAACACAAAACUGAACAGCAGCGUGGACAUGUUUAUUCCGGACGCAGUGUUUUUUGUGAAACAUGGAAGACUGCGGGACUCCCUGCUAAAUGUUGAAUAUUUAAUGUUUAAAUUAAUGCAAUAUUUAAUGUUGCACGAUAAAAUACCAUCUGCAAAAUAUUGGCCCAUAUGGACUUCAUUUACUAUUGUUGUCGAAAAAUCACCCAAGGAAAAGUGAAGGAAAUCGGGGUUUUCAAAAAAAGUGUUUUGAUGCCAAAUGUCUUAGAAUUGCAUGAAACGUCGAGAUUUACUGUUAUUUAGUGCGGUCCUGUAAUAAUGUUAUGUACUAUACUUAAUGAAUAUUCUACACAAAAAAAAAAACAAAAUAUACAUUUCAUUGAACAAUAUUCUCAAAAAGUAAAAAGUCACUUGUCCAAAAAAAUUUCUCCUUUACUUGCUUCGGUCUCACUUACCGAUUAUAGUAAAAAAGUGACAAACGUUCCCUUCGCACCAAACGAACAACAAAUGAGCAAGCUACAGUGAAUCGCAAAGUCAUAUUUUCUGAAAUAUCAACGAAUAAAUGAUUUUUCGGUUUGUGAGAUCUGUGCGCGAAUGUAGGAAGAUUUACAGAAGAACGAGCUAAAAAUGACUGAAAAUUAUGAAAACUCUAUAUUCAAUUCUACCGAGAUGUUCACAAGAAAUGGCAUUACUCCUCUAGAAUCUUCUUCACU